AUGCUCUUUAACACAGAAUACUUCAAUGUUUUUAUUACUCAAUCAGUUCAAUUGAAUAAAGAUAUUUCGAUGGAAGACGUGAACCCUAGUUCUUUCUAUUUUAGCAUCGACCGUCCGUUCGGAAUCUAUGCCUAUGACUAUUUUACGCAAGUUUACACAUAUCUUACAGGAAAAGACCCAAAUGAAUUUCAAUUUAUUGAAGGUGUUACUCCACUUUCCUCUCUACCUGAAGUUUUAAUUGGUUGUGUCACGUACCUUUCCUUGAUAUUUGGUGGGCAAUUGCUCUUGGCUAAUGCACCAGUCAUCAAAGCAAAAUCCCUUUUUCAAGUUCACAAUUUUUUGUUGACCGUAUCCUCCGCUGGGCUGUUGGCACUAUUCGUCGAACAGUUAUUUCCUAUCUACUGGCGUCAUGGAAUUUUUUACGCUGUUUGUAAUAGAGAUGCUUGGACUCAACGAUUAGAAUUUUUAUAUUACUUGAACUAUCUUGUUAAGUGGUGGGAGCUAAUUGACACUAUUUUCUUGGUGUUGAAGAAGAAAAAUUUAGAAUUUUUGCACGUUUAUCAUCAUAGCAUGACAAUGGCAUUGUGCUAUUCUCAGUUGCGUGGACGAACUUCUGUGUCUUGGGUUCCUAUCACGCUAAAUUUGAUCGUACAUGUUUUUAUGUACUAUUACUAUUUCCGGACUGCGGGCGGUGCAAGAAUCUGGUGGAAGAAAUAUCUGACGACUUUACAAAUUGUUCAGUUUAUAAUUGAUUUGGUGUUUGUGUACUUUUGUUCUUAUACCUACUUCACCUCCACAUAUUGGCCCUGGAUACCAAACUUUGGAUCAUGCGCUGGUGAAGAAAGUGCCGCCAUAUUUGGUUGUUCCUUAUUGAGUAGUUAUCUACUUUUGUUCAUCGGAUUUUAUAAAAAGACCUAUAACGCCAAGGGAGCUGCACCACCCAAGAACAAAUCAUCAACAAAGGCAGAAUAA